CUAAAUUUCCUGUUUCCUGCCCAUUUUGUAGCAACGGACUAGAGUUCCCAGACGCUGGGAGGCUCGCUUCGGUUUUGUUUUGUUUUGAGCCUUCCUUUCCGCAAUUAGACUACAUCUCCCAAAAAUCCGCUGGCAAAGUUUUUGAGUGUUUCCCUGGUGAGAUUUCUCGAAUCUAGCUAUGCGGCUCUCAGCCCUGCUGGCCUUGGCAUCCAAAGCCACUCUCUCCCCCUUCUACCGCUAUGGAAUGAGCCGUCCAGGUUCCAUAGCAGACAAAAGGAAGAAUCCUCCAUGGAGCAGGCGGCGCCCAGUAGUGGUAGAGCCCAUCUCUGAUGAAGACUGGCACCUAUUCUGUGGAGACAUGGUAGAAAUCUUAGAAGGCAAGGAUGCUGGGAAGCAAGGCAAAGUAGUCCAAGUUGUUCGGCAGCGAAACUGGGUUGUCCUGGAGGGGUUGAACACGCAUUACCGCUACAUUGGCAGAACCAAGGACCACCGAGGGACCAUGAUCGCUAGUGAAGCUCCCUUGCUUCAUCACCAGGUCAAGCUAGUGGAUCCUGUGGACAGGAAACCCACUGAGAUCCAGUGGAGAUUUACUGAGGCAGGAGAACGUGUUCGAGUCUCUACAAGAUCUGGGAGAAUUAUCNCCAAACCUGAAUUUCCUAGAGCAGAUGGCAUUGUCCCUGAAACAUGGACUGAUGGCCCCAAGGACACAUCAGUGGAAGAUGCUCUUGAAAGAACUUAUGUGCCCCGACUAAAGACAUUAGAAGAAGAUGUGAUGGAGGCCAUGGGGAUCCAGGAGACUCGAAGAUUCAAGAAAGUUUAUUGGUAUUGAGCCUCAGAGUGCUGCUUCUGCCUGUCCAGUUUUCACCUUGACGGUAGAGGCCUUUUUUCUAAAACACCAAUAAAGAGCCUUGAGAGCAGCCGCUGUCCACACCACCCCUCUGCCUCUCCCAAGUGCUUGCAUUUUGGGGAGCUCAGGCACAGUGCAGCUUUUCUUCUUGUCAGGAUAGACUGGGUAGGUGCUAGCCUUCCCAGGGACAGGUCCUGAUGUUUGGGGAUGGGAGCAAGAAGGCCCCUCUGUUCUUUUCCCUAUUUACAGAAAUAGGAGUUUUAAGAAAUAAAAAUUACAUGGUAUUUAUAGAAAAA